AUGGAUGCCAGGACCCGAUCCCACGACGAUUAUACAAUCGGGUGGACAUGUGCCUUGCCCGUGGAGACGGCGGCUGCAAAGCUGAUGUUAGACAAAAUACACCCGCCUUUGCCUCGCCUGCCGAUGGACCAAAAUACAUACAUCUUUGGAAGCAUCGGGGAACACAAUAUCGUUAUUGCUAGCUUACCGACUGGCGCAUGUGGCACUACAUCAGCUGCAACGGUUGGGAUGCAGUUGCUGUCUAGUUUUCACGCCAUCCGAUUCGGUUUUAUGGUUGGUAUCGGCGGCGGAGUACCAAGCAGCAAUGCAGACAUUCGACUUGGGGAUAUUGUUGUGAGCCAGCCAACAGACACUUCUGGAGGCGUGAUCCAGUAUGAUUUGGGUAAAGCGCUAAGCGGCAGCCAAUUCAAGCGCACCGGAAUGCUCAAUCGACCUCCUAAGGUUCUGCUGACCGCUCUCGCGACUCUCCAAGCACAUCACCUCACGGAAGAUAGCCGGAUCGUCGAAUUUGUUUCCAACCUACAAGCCAAAAUGGCGCCCCACAAAGCUACCAAAUUCGCACGACCGACGCAAGAGGACUGUCUAUUCCAAGCAGAGUAUGAUCAUAUCGCAUCCGAUACGUGUGUGGAUUGCGAUCGAUCUAAACUACUUCCACGAACCCCACGAGAGCACCAAGACCCAGUCAUUCACUACGGACCCGUCGGAUCUGCAAAUCAGGUUGUGAAGGAUGGCAGGCGGCGAGAUCAGCUGGCUCGGGACUUGGGUAUAUAUUGCGUGGAGAUGGAAGCGGCGGGACUUAUGAAUGACUUUCCGUGUCUGGUCAUCCGGGGCAUCUGCGACUACGCCGACACCCACAAGAAUAAGGAAUGGCAAGGGUAUGCGGCUGCGGUGGCGGCGGCCUACGCGAAAGAGCUUCUCUCGGUGGUUGCAAUCGAUCAGAUCAACUGCACACCAACUGCAGGAGACACACUCGCAGACUCUGUAUACCAGUUUGAUGUCCCUUUAGACCUAACGGCUGUGCCAGUAAUUGAAAACUUCGUGGGACGGCAAGGCGAGCUAGAACAACUCUGGCAGUAUUUACAGCCCGGGCAUUCCCAAUCCCGAAAGGUUGCAGUUAUUCAUGGGCUUGGGGGGAUGGGAAAAACACAAUUAGCGAUUCGUUUCGCACGAGACCACAAAGGUGAUUUCACUGCCAUCUUCUGGCUGAGUGGUAAAGACCGAGACACGCUAAUACAAUCUUUGAGCUCUAUCUUGCCCCGGUUGCCAGGACAGUCACAUGCUGAUGUGGCAAUGAAUGACGAGGAGGUGGAGCAACAAGCUAGAGAUGUGUUAAAGUGGCUAGCAAUAGAGGGAAACUCACGCUGGCUGAUCAUUUUCGACAACAUCGACCAAUACUCCCCUUUCAGUGGCCCUAUUAGCGAUGCAUAUGAUAUUGCUGAAUUCUUCCCUGGAGCCGAUCAUGGCUCUAUUCUUAUAACCUCUCGGCUGCAAGGGUUGACAGAGCUGGGAAAGUCAUUUCCCAUCCAUACACUUGACUUGAAGCAUGCGGUUCAACUGCUCUUGCAAAGCAGCCGUCUAUUAUUGAAGAAUACAGCUAAGGAGCUUCAGAGCGAUCCAGAUACCAUUGCGCUAGCGUGCCGUCUAGAUGGACUUCCAUUGGCAAUCGUCAUCGCCGGGGCGUUUAUGCGUGAGACUGGAACAAGCAUUCCUGAGUACUUAGAGUUUUACAAAGCAUCUUGGACCGACCUACAGCUACAAUCUAAUCCUGAACGCCAGUACCAGCAAGGCAAUAUGCUGCAAACAUGGAUGAUCUCAUAUCGAGAAAUUCAGAGGCGAGACGCGAAUGCAGCGGUACUCCUGCUGUUUCUUGCUUGUUUCGAUAAUCGAGAUAUCUGGUUUGAACUAAUUAGAACUAGCCGUUAUAGCUCGAAUCUCCCAAAUUGGCUGGAAAAGACUACAUCAAGCGGAAUCGAGUUCAAAAUCGGUGUCAAGGCUCUUAUCGGGUUCUCUCUACUCGAGGCUAAGGAACAAGAAGGGGGCUACGCUAUGCACCCGGUGGUGCAAGACUGGUGCAUUCACCUUGCUAGCACAGACAAAACUGUGAAUCCAAUUCAGCUCAAUGAACUGGCAGUGGUAUCUGUUGGGUACAUUGUCCCUAGCGCAAGUACCAGAAAUUAUUCCGAGCUUCAGCAAAGACUUCUUCCACACGCGAACUAUGUACGUCAUAAGGGUUGUUCAGACACUAAUAUCGCGGUAUCGGGAGCAUUUCAUGGACUAGGAGACCUCUACUCUAAUCAAGGGAAGCUGCAAGAAGCAGAGGAGAUGUACCAGCAAGCACUGGCAGGCAAGGAGAAGGCCCUCGGUUCAGAUCAUAUGUCCACUCUCAAUACAGUCAACAACCUUGGGAGUCUCUACUCUGACCAGGGGAAGUUGGAGGAGGCAGAGGAGAUGUACCAGCGAGCACUGGCAGGCUACGAGAAGGUCCUCGGCCCAGAUAAUUCGUCCACUCUCGAUAUAGUUGACAACAUUGGGAGUCUCUACUCUGACCAGGGGAAGUUGAAGGAGGCGGAGGAGAUGUACCAGCGAGCACUGGUAGGCAAGGAGAAGGCCCUCGGUUCAGAUCAUACAUCCACUCUCAAUACAGUCAACAACCUUGGUCUUCUCUACUCUGACCAGGGGAAGUCGAAGGAGGCAGAGGAGCUGUACCAGCGAGCAUUGGUAGGCUAUGAGAAGGCCCUCGGUCCAGAUCAUUCGUCCACUCUCGAUAUAGUCAACAACAUUGGGAAUCUCUACUCUGGCCAGGGCAAGUUGAAGGAGGCAGCAGAGAUGUACCGGCGAGCACUGGCAGGCUAUGAGAAGGCCUUCGGUCCAGAUCAUGCAUCCACUCUCAAUACAGUCAACAACCUUGGGAGUCUCUACUCUGGCCAGGGCAAGUUGAAAAAGGCAGAGGAGAUGUACCAGCGAGCACUGGUUGGCAAGGAGAAGGCCCUCGGUCCAGAUCAUUCGUCCACUCUCGACACAGUCAACAACCUUGGGAAUCUCUAUAAAUAUCAGGGGAAGCUGAAGGAGGCAGAAGAGAUGUACCAGCGAGCACUGGCAGGCUACAAGAAGGCCCUCGGCCCAUAUCAUAUGUUCACUCUCAAUACGGUCAACAACCUUGGUCUGCUCUACUCUGACCAAGGGAAGUUGAAGGAGGCAGAGGAGCUGUACCAGCGAGCACUGGUAGGCUACGAGAAGGCCCUCGGCCCAGAUCAUACGUCCACUCUCAAUACAGUCAACAACCUUGGGAGUCUCUACUCUGACCAGGGGAAGUUGAAGGAGGCGGAGGAAAUGUACCAGCGAGCACUGGCAGGCUAUGAGAAGGCCCUAGGCCCACAUGACAGUAGAACAAGGUGGGUCGUGGAGAGAUUGAACGGGUUGAGCAUUGUAGAUUUAAGAUAG